UGUAUUUCAUUUUAUUGAAACAUUCAGAAAAUACCAGGGAGUGAAGCCUGGCUUGCAAUACCGUUCCCGUUGCUAGCAAGGAGCAACUGAAAUAACGACACUUUUCCUCAGUGUAUAAGCACUGUUGGUCUCCGGAACAGAAAACCAAAAGUUUAAAAACAAGAUAUUCUAGUUGAUUAUAAAACAAUUGUCAAGUCUUCAAAAUUAUUCAUCUGAUGCUUCCUACUUUCCAGCGCUUCGCUUUUUUCGAUUUGCACAGCCAACUGUUGGACAUUGACGCUACACAAACGGUUACAAUUGUUUACUUAAGCAAAAUAUGCCACCAGACUGACGCCAUCCUCAAAAUGCAGUCAUCUCGACGACGAGGGAAGGCAUCACACUAGGGGAGACUUGCCAGGGCCAGACCAUAACCCUGAGAUGACACAUGGUAGGACGCGCAAAACCACCGGCGCCAGGGUGUUUCCGCAGGGUUUCCAACGAUUCAAACGCAGCGGUUCACGUUUUGCCACGUCCCCCAGGAGAAUGGUAGCCACAGAGAGAAAGGAAAUGUGAGGGGGGGCACAAGCCGCAAGGUAAAGAAAAUGAACAAACACCGAGUUGAUACGGAUAGUCCCCAUUCCCCUGACAACCAAUCCGGCGACUCCCGUGGGCGCCUAGUGGCCCCGGGCCUCCCUGGGCCACUCGGCGUCUUUCCCGGAGGUUUGUCUCCCCACCGCCUAACCCGCGCUCGGUUUCGCUUUCCCGCCCCAGCCUCCCGGGCGCCCUCCCGCGGCGGCUAACGCCUGUUCCGGGCCGGGCGUGCUGACGUCACCGUGCGUCGGCGUGGGCCCGGCUGGGGCGGCGGGCUUCGGGAGCGCGGAGGCUGAUACGAGCCGAGCUGGCCGUAUCUCCUUGUCAGCACGGCUGCUUCCCGGCUCUGUGGAGGCCUCUAGGUACCCGCGCAGCUUCCGUGUUUGCUGCGCCCGCACUGCGAUUUUCAGCCCUGAAGAGUCUCCCUCUCCCUAUUUUUCCCCCUGCAGUAAUAAAUCCCAUUAUGAAGACCUCGAAACUUUAUAAAGGGAUAUAGUUUGAAUUCUAUGGAGUGUAAUUUUGUGUAUGAAUUAUAUUUUUAAAACAUUGAAGAGUUUUCAGAAAGAAGGCUAGUACAGUUGAUUAUUGAUACAUUAUGCUAAGCAGUACUUUUUUGGUAAUAUAAUAUUUUGUUAGGCGUUUCAGAUAACACUAGAAAGAACAAGUUAUAUCUUGUGACAAAUUGAGUAAUGCUUAAUUACAACAUGACUGAUCAUUAUAGCUGAAUCGUCCUUAAAUGAUGAACAGGUUAUUUAGCUUUUAAAUGCAGUGUAAAAAGUGUGCUGUGGAAAUUUUACGGUUAACUAAGUUUAUGGAGAAAAUACCUUUAGUUGAUCAAGAAUAAUAAAAUUGUAUGCAAAGUUAGGCAGAAAGUCGACAUGAUGCUGCAGGAAAUGGAAACAAAUACAAAUGAUAUUUAACCAAGAUAGAAGAGUUUACAGUCUGUGAACUUUAAGCAAAGUUCAUUUGACAUCAAACACUGUAACUGGCGCAGGUUCAACAAAGCUUGUGGGUGUUGGCUUCCCCAAAAGUUGUCAGCUGAAGUAAUAUAGCCCACUUAUGUAAAUACUCUGAUGAUAAAGUGUGUGAAUUUAGCCUUUAAGUAGUGUGACCAUAUGAAGAUUUUAAUUACUUUUGUUUAUUGGAAUAAAAUGAGAUUUUUCGGGGUUGUCAUAUUAAAGUGCAUAUAGGGAAAGACACCUGCAUAUAAUUUUUUUACCUUGUGGCAUAAUCAGUAAUUGUCCUGUUAUCCAGGCUUAAUAGCUUGUAACCAAACAUAAAUAAAAGGCAUAGUUUAGGUAUUCUAUAGUUGCUUAAAAUUUUGAGAAUAUAAAUCUCGGUGAAAAAUCAAGGAGUUUUAACAUUAUCAGAAGUGCAUUGACUUUUUCUGUGCUUUUGGUUAGUAUUAUACCGAUUAUGAACAAAUAGCACUUAGGUUACCUACAAGAGUGACUACAACCCCAAAGAGUUGUGUUCUAAGUAGUAUCUUGGUAAUUCAGGGAGAUACUCAUCCUACCUGAAUAUAAACUGAGAUAAAUCCAGUCAAGAAAGUAUAGUGAAUUCUACAUAAGAGUCUAUCAUUGAUUUCUUUUUGUGAUAAAAGGUCUUAUUUCGUGUGAAGAAAUUUCAAGUGAAUGUUUUAGCUAUCAAACAGUACUAUCACCUACUCAUGCACAAAACUGCCUCCCAAAGACUUUUCCCAGGUCCCUCGUAUCAAAAAAUUAACAGUAUAAUGGAAGAUAGCACGAUUUUGUCAGAUUGGACAAACAGCAGCAAACAAAAAAUGAAGUAUGACUUUUCCUGUGAACUCUACAGAAUGUCUACAUAUUCAACUUUCCCUGCCGGUGUUCCUGUCUCAGAAAGAAGUCUUGCUCGUGCUGGUUUUUAUUAUACUGGUGUGAAUGACAAGGUCAAAUGCUUCUGUUGUGGCCUCAUGCUGGAUAACUGGAAACUAGGAGACAAUCCUAUUGAAAAGCAUAAACAGCUAUAUCCUAGCUGUAGCUUUAUUCAGAAUCUGAUUUCAGCUAGUCUGACAUCCACCACUAAGAAUCCGUCUCCAAUGAGAAACAAUUUUGCACAUUCAUUAUCUCCCACGUUGGAACAUAGUAGCUUGUUCAGUGGUUCUUACUCCAGCCUUUCACCAAACCCUCUUAACUCUAGAGCAGUCGAAGACUUGUCUCCAUUGAGGACUAACCCUUACAGUUACGCAAUGAGUACUGAAGAAGCCAGAUUUCUUACCUACCAUAUGUGGCCAUUAACAUUUUUGUCACCAUCAGAAUUGGCAAGAGCUGGUUUUUACUAUAUAGGACCUGGAGAUAGGGUAGCCUGCUUUGCCUGUGGUGGGAAGCUCAGUAACUGGGAACCAAAGGAUGAUGCUAUGUCAGAACACCGGAGACAUUUUCCCAACUGUCCAUUUUUGGAAAAUUCUCUAGAAACGCUGAGGUUUAGCAUUUCAAAUCUGAGCAUGCAGACACAUGCAGCUCGAAUGAGAACAUUUAUGUACUGGCCAUCUAGUGUUCCAGUUCAGCCUGAGCAGCUUGCAAGUGCUGGUUUUUAUUAUGUGGGUCGCAACGAUGAUGUCAAAUGCUUUUGUUGUGAUGGUGGCUUGAGGUGUUGGGAAUCUGGAGAUGAUCCAUGGGUAGAACACGCCAAGUGGUUUCCAAGGUGUGAGUUCUUGAUAAGAAUGAAAGGGCAAGAGUUUGUUGAUGAGAUUCAAGGUAGAUAUCCUCAUCUUCUUGAACAGCUGUUGUUAACUUCAGACACUACUGGAGAUGAAAUUGCUGAUCCACCAAUUAUUCAUUUUGGAUCAGGAGAAAGUUCUUCAGAAGAUGCCGUCAUGAUGAAUACACCUGUGGUUAAAUCUGCCUUGGAAAUGGGCUUUAGUAGAGACCUGGUAAAACAAACAGUUCAGAGUAAAAUCCUGACAACUGGAGAGAACUACAAAACAGUUAAUGAUAUUGUAUCAGCACUUCUUAAUGCCGAAGACGAAAAAAGAGAAGAGGAGAAGGAAAGACAAGCUGAAGAAAUGGCAUCAGGAAAUGCUGCAGCCAACAUCUUCAAAAGCUGUCUAAAAGAAAUUGACUCUACGUUGUAUAAGAAUUUAUUUGUGGAUAAGAAUAUGAAGUAUAUUCCAACAGAAGAUGUUUCAGGUCUGCCACUGGAAGAACAAUUGAGGAGGUUGCAAGAAGAAAGAACUUGUAAAGUGUGUAUGGACAAAGAAGUUUCUAUUGUAUUUAUUCCUUGUGGUCAUCUGGUAGUAUGCCAGGAAUGUGCCCCUUCUCUAAGAAAAUGCCCUAUUUGCAGGGGUAUAAUCAAGGGUACUGUUCGUACAUUUCUCUCUUAAAGAAAAAUAGGCUAUCUAUUAACCUGUAUAAAAAAGUCUCUAAAAUAUUGUUGAACACUUGAAGCCAUCUGAAGCAAAAAGGGAAUUAUUAGUUUUUCAAUUAGUAACAUUCAUGUUUUAGUCUGCUUUGGUACUAAUCUUGUUUCUAAAAAGAUGAUAUCAUAUUUAAUCUUAAUCUGUUUAUUUACAAUGGAAGAUUUAUGUUUGGUGAACUAUAUUAGUAUGUAUGUGUGGACAUAAGAGGAAUUAAGGGAGUAGUGUCACGGCUUGUUAUAUAUCACUUCAGGAAUUACUGGAUUUGGUAUUCUUUCAGAAAGCUUUGAAUACUAAAUUACAGUGUAGAUUAAAAUAACUGGAAACCAGGAACUCUGGAGUUCAUCAGAGUUAUGGUGCCAAAUUGUCUUUGGUGCUUUUCACUUGUGUUUUAAAAUAAGGAUUUUUCUCUUAUCUCUCCCCUUAGUUUGUGAGAAACAUCUCAGUAAAGUGCUUUAAAACGAUUGUGUUACCAGAAUUUUUUUUUGUCCUGAUUUAAAAAGUAAUUUUCAUGUUUCUUCAUUGUACUCAAAUGCCAGCUAGUAAGUAAAUAAUUGCAUUCAUGAGAAAUUAUUAACAAGUGUUUUAAAAAUAAUGUUAUUUGGGAAAUUUCUUUAGAUGACAGUCUCUUGUUGCUUUGUAUGUUACAGAUACAAUGUUGGAUGAAAAAUGAAUCCAACAUUAAUUUUGAAAAACUCUUAAUAAAUUAGAUAAAUAGUCAUUGUUUUCAGA